CUUAAAAUCCAAUUUGGUUAAACGGAACAAAAAUGUCGUCCGAACACUCCGACAUCGAAAUUCAAUCCGCGCUUCCCGGGAAAAAGAAAAAGACGCCAAAAAGUCCAACAGAAGAAGUACUGGCCGAUAAUAACAAGAAAACUACUAAAGUGAUGAUACAUGAAGCGCUCAAGGAAUUAAAAAGCAGGAAAGGAGUAUCUACGUACGCUAUUAAGAAGUUUAUCAUAGAAAAAUACAAACUAAACGCGGAGAAAAUCAACUAUCUGGUCAACAAACAGCUCAAAAGCGGCGUUGAAGAUGGUUCCAUUCUGCAGACAAAAGGCGUCGGAGCAACAGGAUCGUUCAAACUAGCACCAGUCAAAGACAAACCAAAGAAAACUAAGAAACCGCAAAAAAAUACAGAAAAGAAGAAAUCUGAAGAAAAAAAGAAAACUGAGACUGAAAAAGAAAAACCUAAAGGAGAAAAGAAGAAAACAAUGGAGAAGGCGGUAAAAGUGAAAAGUAAGGCCGGAGAAAAGUCAAAACCGGCACAGAAGAAAGGCAAAGAAGUUGCGAUCGACGAGAAGAAGAAGGCUAAAGUUGUUCAGACUCCAGCCAAGAAGAGGGCCAUGAUGAUGAAGAGGAAGAGCAUUGGAUCUAUCAUAAAACCACCGAAGAUGAAACCGAAAGCUAAAUGACCACGAGAAUGCUAGAAAAAUAUCGAAUUAUAAUAAUAAGGUGAUCAUUAAAUUAAAGGAUACCUAUGCAAAAACAUGAUUAACAAAUAUUGGCAAGCCUUUGAGACAAUUAUCAUGGUAUCUAAGAUGAAAAGUGAAAGACGAAAUUUGUAAGUGGAAUUAAAGAAGAAAA